AUGGCAGAGCUGCUGGCCAUGGCGGAGGAGGUGCGCGCCAUGGCGAAAAUCGUCGCGCGCGCGCUCGUGCAGGCGCUGGAGAGCGGCGCCGCGGCGACGGUGCUCGAGCUUUGGGGGGCGCACCGCGCAAAGGUUGUGGACGCCGUGCCUUUCGUCGGGGCGCAGGUCGUAGCGUUUGUGCUCGUGUCGGUCGCGGGGAUGAACGCGUGCACUGGACGCGUUUCGGAGUGCCAUGGUUUAUUGGCGAUGAUGCGCGCGCUGUUCAUGGAGGGGGACGCGGCUGUUGGGUGCGUUCACCCGUUGGUCGCCGCGCUCGUGGCCUCGGUCUGUGUGUCGGUGGCGUCGAUGUGCGCGGCGGCAGGCGCUGCUGAUGUGGCGAGGGACGCCGCGGCGGUGUGCCAGGUAUUUCAGACCGCGUCGAAGAGCACAAGUGCUUCUUCUAACGAUAAGCUCGAGCAAGGUCUACAACUGGUGUGCGAGGAGGCAAUGCAUUGGAGGCGCGGGAAUGCCAUGCUAAGCUUGGGUGUGUUACGGAAGAUGCUCCGCACGUGGGGGGACGCGGAAGGCGUCAAGCGUUAUACUGACGACUUUUUUUCGGACUUGCUCUCUCGUAGCGUGUUUCGGGAUAAAGCAGAGGCUCCGAGUUUUGUGCUGGCGGAUAGGGAAAUAGGCAACUCUCUAAACAGGGAUUCGUUAGAGGAUGCGUUGCGACAUGAGAUGCCUCCCCCAUGCAAUUCCCCAGAAGAAAAAUCGUCGCUGGUCGCACUUGCAAGCAUUUUAAUCGGCACCCUCUCGCACAGCCAUGCGCAAGUACGGUACGCAGCGUGCCGUGCAAUAUCGCAGAUUGGAAGCAGUCCUUCAAGACUGUUUUUCCUGCCGGCUGUUGUCACUCAAAUGCAAAAGGAGAGCAGCGGUGUUAUUGUGACCAUGUUUCUGCGCGACAUUUUGCUCCCCCGAUGCCUCCUCGCACAGAAGCAAACGAGCAAAGUGGUUAUGAAAACUAUGAUUCAGCUCGCUCACCCAGGUAAAGGGAUGAAUGCCACGGCUACGUAUCACACAGGCUUACUAGCAAUAGCUGCGGCUUCCAAGAGCGCACCAGGGAUUGCUAGUUCUGUGUUGCUUGCAGAAGUGGAGAACCUGAAGAGCUCUUUUGAAGCGCUGCAUCCCACAACGAAAUGUGCUGCUUGCGCGGCUGUUCUCGAGAUUACCACAAUCCGUCCGACCCGGGGGGCCAGUUUCGUUCCAUUCAUCAUGCGAUGUACGACGAAGGAAACGAUGCAAGCUGCACCAUUGGCUGCGGCUUUUUGCUUUGAUAGCAUUCGUGUAAUGGCUGAGAAUGAAGUCCUGGAUGCCACUAAAGCAGUCAAGGUUAUCCUCAAGACAUUUCCAAAUACGUUUGAAGUUGCAAUUGUGGCACGGCGCAGCUAUUUGAGGUUGCUUGGAUGCGUAUCCAGCCGUUCAGAGACAAAGAAGGGCGCGGUAAUCGCGGGAAAGGCGAUCGAUAUUUUAAAAGGCUGCCUUGUGGAUGGUGUCCCCAGUGGAGACAACUCGGAGGGAGUCGCACUCAACUGGAGACAAAUUGACGUGGCCGCAUCAGCGCUUGCUGAGUACACGACGGAUGAAAUCUUGCGCAUGGCACAUGCUGGUGUAGAACCACUGGACGAUGCCAAUGACGAGAGCAAACGCCUGGAGAGUAUCUCUGCUGAAUGCCAGCAAUUCAUUAUCAAUGUGUUGUCGACGACAGGCAGCGCCAUGCGCCAUCACAGCCAUGGAAUGCCAGGAAUGCGAAAAUUACUCGAGGGCAUGGCAAAGCACGAGUGGGACAACCGCCAGCGAAGCAGCUUUGAUCCUAAACGAAUCGCAAAGCUCCGCGCCGCGUCAGAAGCGCUUCGACGCUCUCGGCGCAAGGCGCAGACGGCCCAGUCUCAAGUCGGUGUCCCGAAUCUUGAAGCAGCGGAAGAGGAUCGACCAACGGCGCAGUUCAUUCGCGCAGUGAGCACAUUGCCAACUGGUGCGAUUCGAGGGUUUUGCGCGCGAUGCGCGUUUACGUCGAGCGAGGCGGCAACCUUUGAGAAUACCGCUGAUUCUUUGAGGGAGACACGCGCAGUUGCUAUCGAUGUGCUGCAAACGGCUGGAGCACUUUCUCCGGCUCUCCCGUGGUUAGGAUUGGUAGAAGACAUCCUGGAGUCAUCAUCAAGUGUACCAGCAGAACGGGCAGCAGCUCUGCGUGCGCUUGCCCAGAUGCAGGACAGCAGUUUUGCGACAAACCAUGCUAGAAUGAGGUGGUUUGGAGGUAGCGAAUGCACCAGGGUUAUGUCUGCGAUUCAGGAAACAAUCAAGGCUGACGAAAGAAGAGAAGCGCGGGAGGCGUUGCUUGGUAUGACCAUGUAUCAAAGCGCUGAGCUUGGGAAAGUACUGGAGCAUGUGGUUGGCGGUUGUUCUGCGAGCGCAACGCUGGCAAUUGUUAUUGACGCUCUUGCGGCAACCGAUGGCCCAACUGAAAGCUUUGUCUCGCAAGUAAGGGUGACACUGCAGACUAUUUGCACAGCUGGAGUAAAGCUGGACGAAGCUACACAGAAAAUCUUCGUGGACGGCUGCCUGAAACGGCUUGAUCUCGAAAUAAUGCGCGCGUCACUAAUCGAGCUAGUCCCCAGCCCGGUGGCGAUCCGCCUGAGCUGUCUCACGCACGAUUACAAACUCCUGCGUGCAUGCGCGAAUGCAGUGGUGUGUGAUGGCAUCGACAUGAGCAACAAGGACGGUAUGGAAAGUGUAAGCAUGCUCGGGGCGGAGUUGCAGCGGAUGGAAUUUGCGCAACGGAUGGCCGUGGCGCAGGACCUGGCGGGAAAGCGCGCGUACGGGAGGCCCGUAGGGAAGGAACUGGUGGCUAGCUGUUUGGGGACGGCGGCGAUUCUGCCAGACGGGGACGGGUGUCUCGUCGCGGCCAGUGCUUUGUGCGGGGAAAAAGAGCGAGGGCUGGUUGGUGCCGUAGUUGAUAGCUUGAUGAGGCGUGAGUUGUGAUGCGGGUAGAGGGGGUGGGGAAGAGUCGCGCCGCGCUGAUGUCGGGUAGAGCCGGAACCGUAGUAGAUUAUACGUCGGACACGAUACGGGCUGGAUAAGCCCGUCUUGAGUCGGGUUGCAUCGCAAAAGGUGGACAUGUAGAGGGGGAGACAGCUCGGAACUAGAUGAUGUCGGGAACAGAGAAAUUUACUAUAUCGGAUGAAGGCAAGUGCAAAAAGAGCACGCCGCGCAUCCGUCAUCGUCGCUAUCGGUCGGCACUCGCGUCAACUCGAGCCACGAUCCCCUCGGUCCUUCUCGUCCUCGCCUGAACUCCACCCGCAACGGCUGGGCACAGAAGUACGGAAGCAGGGUAGCCUCGCGCCUUUCGCCCCUCUAAAAAUCCCCCUGCAGCCCCAGCGCGAUGCACUC